AGUACUAUGCAGGCCUUGAAAAUCAAGUUCUGCGGCUUAGCUAGGCAAAGGCUUCCUUCUGGUUACCGGGUAAACUGGCUCCACCCAGCUGGUGAAAAGUGAUACAAGUGGGACCUAAACCGGAAGUUGGCUGGAUUGACUUCGCUGCUCAAGAUGGUGGCGGUUCCAGGAUUUACCCUUGGUGCCUUCGUAUUUCUGUUGCGUGUUAGUUUGGUGGUCAGUUACCCCAAUGGAAAAGUAACAAAGUCAUGCCAUCGAAUGAUCCCUGAACACGGUCAUAGGCCACAGUCUGACCCAACUCACCGUGUGGCAGUGAAUCAGACAACAUUCAGACCCGGAGAUCACAUUGAAGUCACUUUAUCAGGACCACCUUUUAAAGGCUUUCUUCUAGAAGCUCGUGAUGCUGAGAAUUUGGAUGGUCCUCCUGUUGGCUCCUUCAUGCUGAAUGACAGUUGGGCAUCCCAGCUUCUGACUUGUGAGAAUAUACAGGGCUCAGCUGUGAGUCACACAAGUUCAUCCAAAAAAGCAGAAAUUAAAGUUUAUUGGAAGGCUCCAAGCAGUGCUCCGAAUCACGUAAGAUUUCUAGCCACAGUGGUUGAGAAGUAUAAAAUCUACUGGGUGAAGAUUCCUAGUCAGAUAAUUUCACAACCAAACGCACUUCCCUUUACAACACCUAAAGCUACAACAGCCCCAUCCUCAGCAUCACCUACAGUCUCCCACUUAACCAAACCAUUCAGUGCCUCAGACUGUGGGAAAAAGAAGUUUUGUAUCAGGAGUCCUCUGAACUGUGACCCAGAGAAAGAGCAGGCCUGUGUCUUCCUGUCCUUCAGGAGAGAUGACCAGUCGGUGAUGGUGGAAAUGAGUGGUCCUGGUGAAGGCUACCUAUCCUUCGCACUGUCUCGUGACCGAUGGAUGGGUGAUGAUGACGCUUACAUGUGUAUCCAUGAAGAUCAGAUGGUGCACAUACAGCCUGCCCACUUGACAGGCCGAAGUCACCCUGUGAUGGACUCCAGGGGUCCUCUUGAGGAUAUGGCUUGGAGGUUGGUGGACGGUAUUAUGCAGUGUUCUUUCAGAAGAAAGAUUGUCCUUCCUGGGGUUAAGAAUAGAUUUGAUCUAAACACAAGCUACUACAUAUUUCUCGCAGAGGGUACAGCCUCUGAUGGUCUAAUUCAUAAGCACACUCAGCAACCCUUGAUUACGUACGAAAAACACGAUGUGACGGCCUUUCCCAAGGACAUAGGAGGGUCUCGCUCUUCCCCGCUCUUGAAGGCCCACGGUGCCUUAAUGUUUGUGGCAUGGAUGACGACUGUUAGCAUAGGUGUGCUGAUUGCCCGGUUCUUCAGAUCUGUCUGGUCCAAAGCUUUCUUCUUUGGGGAAGCAUUUUGGUUUCAGCUGCAUCGGAUGCUCAUGCUUACCACAUCGGCGCUCACCUGCAUUGCUUUCAUUCUGCCUUUUAUAUACAGAGGAGGCUGGAGUUGGCACGCAGGUUACCACCCAUACCUCGGAAGUCUAGUGAUGGCUUUAGCUGUUCUGCAGCCUCUUCUGGCAGCCUUCAGGCCACCUGUUCAUGACCCAAGAAGGCAAAUAUUUAACUGGACUCACUGGAGUGUGGGAACAGCUGCUAGGAUAAUAGCAGUGGCAGCAAUGUUCCUAGGGAUGGAUUUACCAGGACUGACUCUUCCUGACCCACAGAAAACCUAUGCAAUGAUUGGAUUUGUCAUCUGGCACAUUGGGACUGAGGUUGUUCUGGAGAUACAUGCGUACCGACUCUCUCAAAGAGUCGAAAUAUUGGAUGACGACAGAAUUCAGAUCCUUCAGUCAGUCUCGGUAUCCGAAGCAGAGGGCCGUACUUUUAAAAAGGCAGUGUUGGCAGUUUAUGUCUGUGGGAAUGUGACUUUUCUCAUCAUAUUCUUAUCUGCGAUCAACCAUCUAUGAACAAGAAAAGGAUUUUUGUGGUCUUGGUGAUAAUUAUCAUCAAAUCAAAGAAACUUGAAGCUUGUAUUGUUUGUCUGGAGUAUAUGCAUGAAUUUCAAUUUGGAAGACCAAGUUUGUGUCUACAGAGGAAUUUUGAUGUCUGGUUUUUAGAGAUGAAAUUCAGUAGGGUCAUAUAAACCAUAAACUGAUGUGAAACUGUAUAAUUCUGCAUCUUAAAGGUAAUUUUGCAGUUGAGGAGAAGUGGCUCUCAAAUAUUUCAUGCCAAGAUUGUAGGAACGUUAGUGUUUAAAAGAAUAAAUAAGAAUAAUCUGGACAAACAAAACAGAUGCCAUAUGAAGUGAUUGUAUUAAGGUAAAAUAUUUUGGAAUAUAAAGCUGCUGUGGUACUCUAAAGACAAUGUUUAUUUUUACUAAUUUAUCCGAAUAGUGGUUUGGGUUUUUUAAAAUAAAGUUAUGUUUUUGGGGCAUUUUAUUUGCUCUGUACUUCUAUACUUCUGAGGUUAGAGACACAGGUGGGAUUGACCCAAUGUAGAUUUCAUUAACAUUUAUAUAUUAUUAGUAGUAUAAUUCCUGUGUUAGCAGUGAAAUGCAAGUAGAUGUUUUCUGCUUACAGAGAUUAUUUAUUUAUUUAGCUACAUGAUUAAUUGUUUUGACUAUAUAGUUUAAGACAGCGACGUUUGAACAUUGCAAACUUGUAUUUUAAAAUUAGUAAAACUCAUCUUUGUGCUCGUAUGUAACAGUUGUUUUAUUCGUUUUUGAAAAUAAAAUAAUAUGGUAAUUUUCUUUGGUAAGAAGUUCCUAAUGCUGUAAUGAAUCUGCAGAGUCAGUGUUAUUUUCUUUGUUUCAAUAAUUUAUCUUCUAAUUUUAUCACUGUCUCAUUUGCUAUAAGGACUUCUAGCCAGUGGGUGGCGCUGUAAUACUGAAGUUCUUGGUUCUUGUUUUUCUGUGCUGUGAUUCACUUUUUUAGUGCUUAAAAAUUAGGGGACAGAAUUUUCCCUACAUUCUACCAGCUUUUCUUAAUCUUUAUUUGAAAUAUUUCUGCAUCUUCUUAUUGAGUUGGAGUUAUGGAUGUAGAAAUUUGAAUCAGGGACAAGUGUUAUUUUUGAAUUUAAUUUCUCUGUUUUUUUUAAAAUAACAAUUGUUCGGUAUUUCCUUUUAUAUUCCUUUACAUAUCCUGAAGCAAAUGAACAUAAUUAUCUUAGGCAAAAGAGACAAGAAAAAUAGUACAGUUUUUUCUGGUACCAGGAAUUGAACUCAGGACCUCAUGCUUGCUAGGCAGAUGCUAUGCUGUGAAGCUAAAUCCCAGCCCUAAUAGUAUAUUUUUAAAAUAAAAAGUUUAAGGCUGAGGAUUUAGCUCUUUAGCUCUUUUUUUUCUGAUUAUGUUUUACUUUUGGCUUGAACCUAAUUUCUGUCUGUAAUAGCUGUGUGUCCUACAACAUUUGCUGAUAACAUAAUGUGGAAGUCUUGUUUUUAUUUCUUAUAUAGAUGGUUAGCACAAAUACCUUAGAGUUUUUGUUAUAUAGGUGCCAACUACCUGUAGUCAGACCCUUCCUGCCAAUGUCUAAGUUAAAAAAAUUAGUAUAGCAAAUAAAAUAUGUACUAAAACAUUUUCCGUAUGUUUUCUGUUAUAAUGGGCUUAAAGGCUAACAAAUUUUCCUUUAUAAAUUGUAUUCUGUAUCUGACAGGAAAAAUUUGUUUAAGGGAAAUAUGACUCUUGGCCAUGUUUGAUUUGAGUUUGCUGGAUUUCUAGUGCUGAGGUAAAAAAUCAUAGCUUUUUCUUUUUUACUGAUUCAUAUCGUUUUGUUGUUAACUGCCCCAACUGACAAAGUUGUCAAAAAACAUAGUUGUCACUUACCCCCAAAUGUUUUAAAAGUUUUAUUUUAUGAAAAAAUUUCAAAAUCAAAUAAUAAGAAAGUAACAGUAGUUAUAACACUGUGUGUCAUUAUUUUCAAAGUAGUUACUCAGAAUACAAGACUUCAAUCAAAAAGAUUCUAAAUUAGUAUAGCCACUGUGGAAACCAUCGUAGUUAUUCUUCAAAAAACAAAAAAUAGACAUUCCAUUUGACCUAACGUUUCCCUGUCUAGUUGUCUUCCCCAGAGAGUUAAAUCAUCAUAUUAGAGGGAUACACAUGCUUAUCCUUGCUUAUACUACCAGUUUAACUUACUUUGUUGAAAAGAAACACUUGUUAAUAUGUUUCUUUUUUUCCUUUGUAAAAGUCUAAAUCUUUCCAGUAGCACCAAGUUAUGAUUUUUCUGCUUAUGAAUGAUUGGUACCCACAAAUUUCAAGUAUUUAUUGUUCACUCCUGUCAGUUUUUGUCUAGUAAACAGUCUGGAUAGUUUUAGAAAUUGUUUUUUCUUUAGCAGUGGCUCUUCUUUUCCUCACCUUUCCCGUAUGUUCGGUGGCAGUGGGAUAGGAAGCAGGUCAUCUGGAACCUGAAAGGACGGGAAAUUGGAAGACCAAAGGAUCUGUGUUUGCUUGUUGAUUUCCAAACUGCAUAAUGCUCUCUUCCAAACUGCUUAAUGUCUCUAUAUUUUAGCAACAUUGCCCAAAACAGUGAGCAAAAUAAUUAAGUUUUCGUAAAGAAGCAAUGCUCUAUAAAUUAAGAUCAGCAUGUUUUUCAGGAAAAAAAAAAAAAAAAGAAACUAAUUCUAGAAAAUUGUGGGUAGGGUAGACUUUUUGCUUUUAUUAUUUUCAAGUCUAUGUAAAUCAGUCUUAAGGGCAUCGGUGGUAUAGAGCUUGAGUUAUCAGAUAAGGAAUCAGUGAAUAGUGCAUACUUAGUGUUUAGGGUUUUUUGGUACCAGGGAUUGAACUCACACCUUUAUGCUUAGCAGGCAGGCACUGUGCCGCUGAGCUGUAUUCCCAGCCCCGAACUUGUUUUUUCAGGCGCGUUGGCUGUGGUAUGUGUCCCAUGGUAUCUCCUCCUUCCUCAGGCCCCAGUGCAGGCCUGGGAACAGACAAACACAGUAGUUACCCACCAGGAAGUCUUAGGGGCACGUGUAGCUCUUGGCUGACAUUCCCUGCUGAAGUGCAGGCAGGAGAACAAAGGUCCUUGUUUAAGUUAAUCCAUUAUAGGUGGAAAUGAAAGGAAAUACUCUACUAAAUUUUCUUCAAACCAGGGUAGGCUACUCAUUUUUCCUCUUGGUCCUGUGCUUCUUUCUUCCUUGUCCGUUUCCCAGCAAGCUCAUCUGUGCGUCUGUGUCAUUUUUUGAUGAUUACCUGUGUGCAGUGCCAUUUCUCCUCUUUCCCUGGCAGGAGCUGGCUUCUCAGUGUUAGCCCAAAUUCUGCUCCACAGAACCUUCCCUGACUCUUUUUCCCACUUGGCUCUUCUUUUCCUCACCUUUCCCGUAUGUUCGGUGGCAGUGGGAUAGGAAGCAGGUCAUCUGGAACCUGAAAAGGACAGGAAAUUGGAAGACCAAAGGAUCUGUGUUUGCUUGUUGAUUUCCAAACUGCAUUCAUGGACAGUCGCCUACCUCCGGUGCAGCUCAUCUCUCUGAGCAAUGACGAGGAUGGAAAGAAGUGACCCCCGUCAUGGGGGCUUGUUUUCUACAUUACUGUGAUGAUGUCUUCACUGCUUGGCUAUAGUAUUAAACCUUAACUGUUUUUGUGUAUAAAAUGUGCAGUUUAUAUUAUAUAAAAAUAUUUGAUGUUCGUCUUGAAAACAUGGGCUAAAUGAAAUGAGCUGGACAAAAAUGACAGCUGUUGUAUGACUGCACUGUGUGGUACCUAUAGUCAGAUAUGUAGAGAUGGCAAGUAGAAUGGUGUUUACUGGGGUGGGGGGCAAGGGGACGGGUGUUUUUGUUUAGGUUGAAAAGUGCUAGACACGUGUAGUGAUGAUGGUUGUACAAUACUGUGAAUAUAUUUAGAACUGUAUGCACAAACAUUGUUAAAGUGGGAAAAAAGAAAUAAAUAGUAAAAAUGGAAAAAUCUGUAUAAUAGCAGUAUUCAUAGCCAAAUGAUGGUGACAACUCCAUGUGAUUGUUAUUGGAUGAAUGGAUUAUGUUAUAUACAUACAAUGGAACAUUGUUCAGCCAUAAAAAGAAGUAAAGUACUGGUACCUGAUAAAAUGAACCUCCAAAGUAUGAUGCUAAGUAAAAGAAGCCACAAAGUUUA